AAACUUCUACUAUUAAAUUGAUCUAUGCAGAACACUUAUCAUUUUCUUUUAAUUGUGCUUCUACUUUACAAAAUACAAACCAAAAUAUUCCUUCUUAUACAACUUAUAUUGAAGAUGAAGAUAAAACUUCUAUAAGUAAUAAUGAUUUUACUAAUCCUACUCAUCUUCAAUUUUAA